AUGGACUUCCUGUCGGGGUGGAUUGUGUCUCCUUCAGCUCUACCCUUUCUCUGUCUCGUCUGGGGUACGCUGGCCCAGCAGGCCUUCAGGAUUGAGCCCAGUAACCUCACUGUGCGGAUGGGAGGCACAGCUGUGUUGAGGUGUGAGGUGCUCCGGGCCUCAGGGACUGUGCAGUGGGUGAAAGAUGGCCUCCUCCUGGGACCUCAGAGAAGCCUGCCAGGCUUUCCACGCUACAGCAUGAUUGGAAACCCCAGGAGAGGGCAGUAUCAUCUUCAGAUUGAAAAGGCCCAACUGGAAGACGACACCCCCUAUGAAUGUCAAGCGGGCCAGUCUGAGAGCAGUCGAGCGAUUGUCUCCGGCGCAGCCUGGGUCAACGUAAUAAUUCCUCCAUCGAGCCCUUACUUUGAGGUGGACAUGGCAACACCAUGGGUCGCAGGCAAGAAGUACACGGUCGCCUGUGUUGCCCCUGAUGCAAAGCCCAUGGCUGAAAUCACACUUUAUAAAGACGGAGUCGAGCUGACAGGUGCAGAGUCUUUCAACAUGGAUGGCUCAAAGGAUAAGCUCCUGAACACGCAUGCUAACGUAACAGUCACUGCUGUGGGCACAGACAACGGGAGGCAGCUGGCAUGUCGCGCCAAGAACUCCCCCCUUUUCCGGCCCGUGGAGACCAGGAUGACCAUGAGUGUGUUCUUCCCACCUCAGCCUCCAGUUAUUAUGGGUCUGGAUUCAGACGAGGUCAAAGCGGGGAGGAUGCUCACGCUGGAGUGUGUGUCUCAUGGUGGACACCCCCUAGCCACUCUCCACUGGACCAAGAAUGGAAAAGUUCUGUCGAAGACUUGGGAAGAGGACAUCGUGGCGCAGAAGUCCAGCAGUGUCCUCAACCUGAAGAUCACCCCUGCUGAUAACCAGGCUGAGCUGUGCUGUGAGAGUGGCAACCUGGUGUCCCUAUCCCCUCGCUCCGUCAUCCGCAAAAUCACUGUGCUCUUUGAACCUGCUGAAGUGAUUCUCUGGGGUUCAUUCACGGCCGUUGAAGGACAGGUGCUGAACGUGGGUUGCUUUGCCAGCUCCAGUAAUCCCCUGGUCCAGAUUCGCUGGUGGCUGGGCCACAAGGAGCUCAACAACACUGUCGUCACUACGGAAGAGGGAGACAAUGGUGGGAUGACAACCAUGUCCAACAUGACCCACCAGGUCUCCAGGGAGGAGGAUGGGCUCAAGCUCACCUGCGAGGCCUUCAACAGGGGCACGCACUUCUCCAAGAGCCAGAUGACCAAACUCACCGUGUACUAUCCCCCUCAGAAGGUUUGGCUUGAAGCACCUCCUCAAGAUGUCCCCCUUCACGCAGGCACCAAAAUCCGUCUGACCUGCUUCUCCACUGGAGGGAAUCCCACGGGGGCUCUGACCUGGUUCAAGAAUUCAAAGCCAUUGACGUAUGCGCCGAAGCAGACCCCCUCCGAUCGGGGUGUGGCCCGAGAUCUGGUCCUGCUCCUGACAGCCAGCGACAACAUGGCUGCCUUCCGCUGUGAUGCCACAAAUGAGGCAGAGAAGACCGUCUCUGCCCACACGACGCUUUCGGUUCAAUUUACAGCAUUAAGCAUGACCAUCACCACCUCGCAGGAGGAGCUCCGUCGGGGGCAGACGAUCACUCUGGAGUGCCAGGCUGGGAGCAGUAAUCCCAAGGCCAACAUCUCCUGGAUCCUGGGCGCCCAAAGGUUCCAGGGAUUGGAGCAGCCUCCCAGGGCGGCUCAGUACGGCGGCGUUUCAGUGCUCAGCUCUUUAUCUCUGAAUCUGAGUUCACAGCAUCACAACCAGAAGGUCAUCUGCCAGGCCUACAGCCCCGUGCUCGUUGAGGGGACCAACACAUUCUUCAAACUCAACGUUCUUUACCCGCCAGAGUUCAGCCCUCACCAGCCGACACGGGUCCAGGUGGUGGAGGACGAAACGGCCGCCAUUCCUCUGCUGGUCUCCGCGAACCCAGAGGAGCUCUCCUGCUUUUGGCUGCGUCGCAAGGAGGUGCUGGUCAAAGACGAGUAUUCGCUGGAGAUCAAGAAUGUGACGAGGAAAGAUGCAGGAGUGUACACCGCCGUGUGUGAAAAUGAAGAGGGCGUCAACCAAACCUCCAUCAUGCUCGAUGUUCAGUAUGCUCCCGGUGUCAAGGCAGAGAAGGACCCAGUGUUUGUGAACAUGGGGGACACAGCAGACCUGAUAUGUGUGGCAGAUGCCAACCCCAUUAUACCUGACAUGUUCUCUUGGAAAUGGCUGGGAGAGGGGGAGGCGGAGAUGGGAGAGGAGACCCAGGAAGACGAAUCAGGCCUUCUGACCAUCCAUAAUGUGACUCGGACUCAUGCUGGUAUUUACCAGUGCACAGCCAAUAAUGGCAUAGCACCCCCUGCCAGUGUAGAUGUGCAGCUGGUUGUGCAAUUCAAACCAGAGCUUCAGAAAGGAGCCCAGUGGAGGAAGGUGGCCAGCAGAGGGGAUGGAACCACGACAGCUGAGGUUGUGUGUCAGGCAGAUGGUAUUCCUCGGGUCGACUUCUCCUGGGAAAAAAAUGGCUUACGCAUGGACUUUACAAACCCAAGGUAUGAGGAGCAGACCGUGAGGUGGGGUUCCUACCACACCAGCACGGUUCGAGUAAUAAAUGUGACUGCAGCUCAUGACUAUGCCGUCUUCAGCUGCACUGCUCUCAACGCACUUGGAGAGGACAAGCUAGACAUCCAGCUCGUCAGCACAAGUCACCCAGAUCCUCCCUCGUCAUUCAGCAAAGUCAGUGUUACCCACAACUCUGUCACUGUGGAGUGGAUCCCCGGCUUCAAUGGAGGCCUGCGGCAAAGAUUUCGUGUGAGAUACCGCUGGGAUCAGUCCGUCAGUUUCCUCUACGUGGACGUCUUUCCUCCCAGAGCGACGAUCUUCAAUGUCACCGACCUGCAGCCGGCCACCACCUACAACUUCUCUGUCAAUGCCCUCAAUGCAAUGGGGGAGAGUGGCUAUGCUGACAACAAUGCAGUACUGACCAUCACCACCAUGGAGAAGCCAGAUGUGAAUAUAACCCCAGGAGACGAUGACUCAGGCUCACAGAGUGCAGGAGGGCUUCCAGUGUAUCUGACCGUGGUGUUUACUGUGGUGUUUGGAGUCCUGCUGUUGUUGAACUCACUGGGCUUCUUCUUUGGACUCAGGUGGAAAAAGAGGCGGGGUCUGACAGGGGGUGGAGGAGGGAUUGUAUCGGAAGGGAAGAAGAAUGAGGAGGAGGGGUCCAGUCAGUCAACUAUAAGCAACUCCAACAAGUAUGAGAGCAGAGAAAAGAUCAACGCUGCAGCCCAGCGCACCCUCCUCAUCGAGUCUGGAUCAGACACCGACAGCAACGUCUACGAGAGUUACGCAGCGAGUUCCCAGUAUUAUUAUUACCCCACCGUUGACUACAUGCCAGCUCUCAGUCCGCACCCUGAGGAAACACACAGGCACGAUGUCACGCACCAGCCUGUGGACUCUCACAGCCACGUGUAUGAGGAUGUGAGAGACGGGGGGGGUCCGCACCGAGGGAUCACGGCGUCUUCUCCUCCCUCCUUGUUCAACCACCGAUUGCCUCAUCAGUGGAACAAUUGGCCAUCAUCAACAGGCCGUCAGCCGGGUGCUGAGAGGGCGAGGGAUUCUGUAGAUGUUCGACAACUGCCGCGGGUUUCUGAUCUUCCCUUUGAACAGCGAGGCGAGUUGGUCUAGAGCGAGCGGCUCUGAGCACACGAACACGCCGUGACACACUCAAGACCCCGUGAUGCAGAGCAGAUAUUCAGCAAAAUGUUAUUUAUUUCAUCCUUUUUAUGUCAGUGUCUCGCGAGUGACCUUGAGGGAACCUGUGCAAAGAGCAGAAUAGAAAGAGAGAGGUUUGAUGUUGAAAUGUCAGAAAUUUCACUGUAUACAUUAUGAACACUGAAUGUUUCCCUCUGAGAUUCCGGCUCAGCUUUAUUAAAGCACGGCGAACUGAACAGACUGAAAGGAAGCAAAGGAGAAGGGCAGCUGGAUUAAAAAAAGAAAAAUGAAAAAAACAGAUUCGAAAGCCUCGAAUACGUCAUGCGAUUCAGCUCAUUUCCUCCUCCAUCCGCCGUCUUCCUGCUCCCUGGACCUUGAUCUGUUGUUUCACCUUUACCCUCGAUUUGGAGCCAAGUGCUCGUCAUUAUCCCACCCCCCCCCCCCAACCCCCAUCCCUGUUUGGCCUGCAGUUAGACAUGAAUCAGUUGGUUUGAGUCAGAAGAACAUCAGUGAGGCAUAAGCAGGCGCAUCGUGCAGCUCACAGAGCAACUCAAGCAAAUAUCAUUGUUUUCAAGCCAUCCCCACUUUUUCCGACGUGCACCCAGGCCCCCUCCCUCCCCCUCUUGUGAUACAAAGUUUUCGGACCUCACGGUUAGUCCCUGGGAAUCCCGACAACAGGAUUGUACUGAGUGGUGUUUAGCAUGGUAAUGUCUUCAGAAGGUAAAGCCAUAUCUCGGGCCAGACUCUAAUCCUGUUUUCUCUCAAAUUGAAGUUCAGCUCGCAACAUCAGCGAGCGAGCGAGAGGAAAAACCACAGAGAGAAUUUGUCUCAGUGGCUGUGGGAAGUCAGAGAGAGAUAGAGACAGGAUGAGACGGUUCGGCUAAGCUGCAGCUAGGGUUACUGCUACAAAAACAAAUCCUCCUCAUCUUUGGUUUCAAAUUGUGGUUCAAAAGAAAAAUGAAAUCUAUGGAAUAAUAUUAUCUCUAUUUGUUAAGUGGAUUUAGGGUUAGAUAAAUUAAACAAGCAAAUACAAAAUCGAAGAUUGGCUUGAGGGUGCUCCAGAAUCUUAGCUGUUCCUCAUCAGAGAUCUCAGAUGUUGUUCCUGGAAUCUGCUGGAGUCCCUCUCCCACAGCCCCAUCUUCUCUAGCUCCUCUUUCAGCCCUUGGUCUUUUUUGGCUCCUCGUGUUCCUGCCUCUUGAUGUUGCUGCCACUUGGGAUCACUACAUCUAUCGCAAUUGCCUUUUUUUUUUACUUCCUGUUUGUCGACCACCACGAUGUCCUGCUGGUUAGCCUUCCCCCUUUUAUCUGUCUAGAUCUGGACGUCCCACAGGAUUUGAGCUUAUUCUGAACCGCCUUCUUUCCUUCUUGGAAUUUUGACCUGGGAACUUCCAGCCCACAGAUGUUCCUGUUCACUGUCAUUCCAUGUGCAGCCUGCGCCCGGGGUCCUGUCUGGUGUGGUAGACCCCGGGCCUCUAUUGAUCUUGUGUUGCCAUGAUUAGUGCCUCUGUGCUGUCAUUCGGACCAGUCUCUUCCAUAUGGUGGUAUGAACCAUUAUGUCAGUGAUGCAGGCCGUGCAGGGGCUUCUCCUUCCAUGAUGGUUCUUCCUCCUCAUCAGGUUUCUGCUGUCUGAGGUAUUCACUUCUUAGCAGAUCAUCACUUGGGGCCAUCUUCCUGAUGUACUACUGGAUCUUUGUCUUUUACUGGAUCGUGGCUCUGACUCUCAGUAGUUCUCAGCCUCCAUUCUUCUGCUUAUUGUACAGUCUCAGGGGGCAGGACCUGGGAUGAAGCUCUACCCAGUAUAUACAGUAUAUAUGACCAAUAUAUCUAUUGAUUACAUGUGUGUUAAGCUGUCGGCUGCUGCUGCCAUUGACACCAGCUCUGAACACUCAGAGUACUGUCUUUCUACCUGUGUUAUAAUAAUAGGGUUUGUGUUCCCUGUGUUUUUGUGUAAAUGUGUGUAUCAGAAACUUCCUCAAUGUUUCCUCUGUCCUUCUAGCCUCCUGCUACAUUUUAGUCACCGGGCUGUUCCCAGCUGUGACACACACACCGUGCUUCUGCUUUCAGCUUCUGUUUUAUCUUCACGCACGUCAUUGGUCUCACGAGGACUCACUCUUUACAUGUAGCACACACAACGCCCAAUGAGAACCCGCUUCUUUAGCUUCUUUUCUUAUUGGAUUAUUUUUGCUAUAUGGAAACAUUUAAUCACUGUGUGUGAGAGAUGGCAUUUAAUUCUUAUGAAGUUGUUACGGCCCACACAUUUGUCUAACCUACAAAAUUCUGUUUCCUCAAUGGGGCCUGACUGCCUCGAGAUAAAUCUCAAUGUUUCACUAGGCUGCGUUCUCUCAAUUACACUCACUAUUCUCCAUCAUGGGCUGUCAAGGUGUGUUUGUCUCAUUACUGAGCAAUUGUUUAAGUUCCUGUCAAGCCGACUGCCGCGUUCAUACCAAAGACUGCUCAUGAUGCCUCUUCUCAGCUCAGGCGGGAGAGGUAAUCUGCUAAACUGAAGGCUUGACAGCUCAAUGCCGUGUGACAACUUCUAUUUCUCCUCGUCUCCAUCAUGCACAUUUUGCUAUGUUGUGUUCAUAACAACCUGAAGGAAGCUCAAACACAGCGGCUGCAUGAGGGUGCAAUGACGUCAAAGAGAAACAAAUGAGAGUUUAAUAACCUCGACUCCGUUUCACUCCUCUCCUGAAGGUUUAAAAAUACAAAACUCAUACGCAAUUGACUAAUAUCCCUCUAUCGCUGUAACAGGUUGUGCCACCAUGUGGGAAACUAACUCAAACUUAACUCCAGACGCUCAAACCCGUCCUCGCUCUCGCUUUCUGCAAUUUGAAGUUUGGAAAUCAAAUCAAAAGUGACCACAUCUUUUACUAAGUAUAACAGGAAUUUUCUGCCAGUUGGUAUGACUCAUAUCCUGUUGUUAACACUGAGGAUGUCUUCAGUGUGGAGGAAAGAAUGUUGCUGAAUUCUUUUGAUGAGGGCAAAUGUGAAAAUAAACACACACACUUAUAUGUAUAAAAUGUGUGUGUGUGUGUGUGUGUGUGUGUGUGUGUUCAUAAAAAUGGAGAAGUUGACACAGUAAUUUCAAAAGACUUAUAUCUGUUAGUUGAUGUAAACUUUCAAAUAAGUAUCCAGACAGACAUUAGUCUCCUGGUUUAAAGCUAAAUACCUUUUCAAAGAAAAAAAUGUUCAAGCCCCAUUUAAACCUGGAUGUAUCUUUUAUAUUUUCUAACAUUACUAUUAAAAACUACACUGUGUUCACCUAUGUCUGAAAUAUAUUUUCAAAAGUUUAUCUACCUAUACAUAUACAUGCAAAUGUAACCCUGUAUCCAUGCAAAACAAAGUUAUGUGAUAUAAAGUACAUUGCCAAA